UAAAGGCAUGUCUAGUCCUAAAUUUGGUCUGCUAACGCUACAUCGAUUCCUACUCUCUCUCUCUCUCUGCCUUCUCUGCUUUGGUGAAGUUUGGUGAUAGCAGUAAUCCAUUCUGCUCAUAUGCUGUGGACAUGAUAGAAGUCAAGGCUGAAAAUACAGAUGGGGAACCAGUGGGAAGUGAAGGUUCAUCUGUUAGUAUAAAGGUCUUAUUCUUUGCCAGAGCUCGAGAUAUAACUGGCUUGGCUGAUAUGCAAUUAGAGGUGUCAUCUGGUAGUACCACCAGCGAUUGUUUGAAUAAGCUUAUUGCUAGGUUUCCUAGCUUGGAAGAGAUCCGUGGUUGUAUAGUUCUAGCUCUAAACGAGGAAUACACAACCGAGGCAGCAAUUGUCAAAGAAAAGGAUGAGUUGGCAAUCAUACCUCCCAUCAGUGGUGGCUAAAUAUUUCGUACAAAUUUCUCGAAUGUCAUAAUAUCCAAACAUGUUCUUUGAAUGGUUUCUUGAUCAUAUAGUUGUCUCACACAAAUACUUUAUUGAUGAAGUCUUCAGUAAUAAAUUAGAAAUCCAUCUUUUUUCUUUUUCUACUUCGAAAUGGAAUGAGCUGAUAUAUCUUCACGUACACUUUAGAGAACAAGGCAGACGCUGAACCAUAAAUUUCAAGUUUGUGUUCAAAUUU